CGGAAGUCGUCGAGCUGCCAUUGCAGCAGCAGUCGAGCGAGCCAAGUUCCGUUCGUUUUUCGCGUGUUGUAUGUGGUUAGUGCGUGAAAUUUUCGCUUAUUUUUCAAUUGAACGGGAGGCCCCGAAUAGCAUGCGAAUGUUGAGGCUCAAGCAAGAAAUCAUGGACGACGACGAAAAGGGAAAAUUGUUUGUUGGAGGUCUCUCAUGGGAGACUACCCAGGACAACCUCCAGAGGUACUUCUCGAGGUAUGGGGAGGUGAUCGAUUGCGUUGUUAUGAAAAAUGCCGAAUCCGGCAGGUCCAGAGGUUUCGGCUUUGUCACUUUCGCCGAACCCGCCAACGUUAAUGUUGUUUUACAAAAUGGGCCGCAUACACUUGAUGGAAGGACAAUUGACCCAAAACCCUGCAAUCCCAGGACCUUGCAGAAACCAAAAAAAGGCGGUGGAUAUCCCAAAGUAUUCUUGGGAGGUUUGCCCUCCAAUGUUACUGAAACCGACCUGAGGAGUUUCUUCACAAGAUUUGGCAAGGUCAUGGAGGUAGUCAUCAUGUAUGACCAGGAAAAAAAGAAGUCCAGAGGUUUUGGAUUUUUGUCUUUUGAAGACGAUGAAGCAGUAGACAGGUGCGUUGCUGAACACUUUGUAAAUCUGAAUGGCAAGCAGGUUGAAAUCAAGAAAGCUGAACCCAGAGAUGGAUCUGGCGGCAACAAGAUGGGAGGAAACGACGGAUCCUCGGCAUGGGGUCCACCUCAGGCGCCCAUGGGCAUGAUGCAAGGCCCUAAUGGUCAAAUGGGCGGGCCACCCAUGAACAUGGGCGCUCCGAUGGGGCCUAACAUGAACCAAGGAUAUUUGGGUUGGGGAACUUCCCCGCAACAGCAAUACAAUGCGGGAUACGGUACACCGUCCGGUCCCGGAUCGUACCAGGGAUGGGGCGCACCUCCCGCCCCUCAAGGCCCUCCGCCCCAAUGGGGUAACAGCUACGGAGGACCGCCAACCCAACAGGGAUACGGAUCUUAUGGUAGCAGCGCAGCUUCUUGGAACAACUGGAAUAUGCCACAAAAUGGCGGAUCUACAGGGCCGUCUGGCUACAUGGCGACCACCGGUGACGUAUACUCACGCGCAGGUCAAUCCGCCGGUGCGACACCGUCAGGCCCACCGGGAACCGCUCCGACCGCCGGCUCAGCCUCUAAACCAGGAUCGGACUACGGACCGGCCUCGUACGGAUCCGCUUACGGUUCCUACUCGGAAUAUUCGGCUCGUUCUACCGCCCCGUACGGAGCCGCGGAUUCCACGGGGGGCUACUCCAGUCAGCCCCCCCAGGCCGCAGGCUCCCUGUCCUGCUAUGUGAUUCCCUCAGAGUUGCCUACUUUACCUAUUCCAACCGCUCCCGUGGAAACCAACUCCCUGAUGUCCACUCCAAGAUCAUCCUUACAGACUACCGCCCCUGUUUACUGUCCCACCCCCACAGGUGGUAAUAAAGUUAAGGGACUGACGACUUCACCAGGUUAUGCUCAAAGUGCUGCCGCUGGUGAUUGCUACUCAGGCGGGCCCCAGAGGAAUUCUUAUGGUACUCCCAACUCUCAGGCUUAUCAUCCCUAUCGUCGAUAAGUUGCUUUUUUUGUAUUAGAUUAUAGUAUUCACGUAUAUUGGAAAGGGGUAAAGAUUAUCACAAAGAAGUUCCAUUAUUAUAGAUAUUUAUCUAGCAUAAGAAGUGACGAGCCUAUUAAGUUUUAGUGGUAGGUAGUCUAAGGACCCAGUAAAUUAGUUAAUUUGCGACAAGCUGUUAUUUUUAAUUUGUUAAACUUUAAAUUACUGUAUAGAGACUUAGAUAUGCCAAUCUUUACCCCUUCUAACUUUAGUUUAAAUUUAAGUACCUAUGUUUGGUAAAAUAUUAAGCUGGACCAUGAUUUAGGAUAAUUAUCCGUAGACUUUUUUUCCAUUUUAAUAUUAUUUGUUUAUUUUGUUUGUAUUCUACAUAUAGGGCUGAGUUAGAUGAUUAACUCAAAAACGAAACUAUAUGACGUAAGGUGACAAAAUACAGUUAAUUUUUUUUACAA